AUGGGGCCCACCUACCUACUGGACAUGUUUCAGUUUGCCAAUACUUCAAACCUAUGGGCCCAUCUUAGGAGUCACCACAAAGAACUUUAUGAAUCUGCGAAGAAGCAGCAGUCAGAAACUCAGCUGGAAUCAUCAACUUUAGUGCAACCUACAGUAGUGAACAUGUUUCAAAUACAAAGAAAGUGGGCCAAUUCAGAUGACAAAUCAAAGCAGAUAGAUAAACUUAUCACAGAAAUGAUAAUUACUGACAACCAGCCAUUUACAGUGGUCUCUGAUGUUGGCUUUCAGCACGUUGUGCCUGGUCUUAAUCCAAGAUAUGCACUGAAAAGUGAAAAGUUUUACCGCACUGAGAAGGUACCUGAAAUCCAUACAAAAGUUGUGCACAAGAUUAAAGCCCUUAUUCAACCAAAGAAUGCUGGCUUCCCAUUAUCAUUUACCACUGAUUGCUGGUCAGGACCCACUGAAUCCCUCAUGAGCCUGACAUGCCACUUCAUCGAUAAGGACUGGGUGAGAAAGCAAGUUCUUUUAAACACAACAGUCAUGGAGGGAUCUCACACUGGGGAUUACAUCAAGGAGAAAUUCCUUGGCAUGCUGGAGCAAUGGAACAUUGCCAGAGACCGCGUAGGUCUUGUCCUACAUGACAACGGAGCUAACAUGGUGAAGGGAAUGAGGCUUGCCGAAGUGCCAGACCUCAGUUGCACAGCUCAUCAGUUGCAGCUCGUCAUACAUGAUGGCUUGGCAUGUCAAAGAGCUGUGAUCGACACAAUUGCCAUGGUGAAGACUUGUGUCACACAUUUUCAGCACUCUGUCCUGGCCAAGGACCACCUACAAAAAAUUCAGAAAGAACUUGGUCUUCCAGAGCACCAGUUGAUCCAGGCAGUCCCAACCAGGUGGAACUCAACACUCCACAUGCUGCAAAGAGCAUUGGAGCAGAAGAGAGCGUUGACCGUUUACUCUGGGGAGUAUGGGGGUUUUUCUGCCCCAAGUGCUCACCAGUGGGAACUUGCAUCCAAUCUGGUUGAAACACUUAUUCCCAUGGAGGAGGCCACUCUGGAUGUGAGCAGCAGUAGUUUCUCUGCAUCAUCCAUCAUUCCAUGCGUGAAUGUGUUGAAGAUGCUCCUCCAAGAUGAAGGACCCACAACAGUGGGCAUCAAAACUCUUCGGCAAGGUAUGAGUGAAAGCCUCAUCAAGAGGUUUGCAAAGCUGGAAGAAACAAAGCAUGUUGUUCUCGCCUGUCUGCUAGAUCCACGUUACAAGAAUUAUGCCUUUUCCUCUGAUCACACAUUAGUCAAGGCAAAGCAAUGGCUCAAGGAUGAUGUUGAGGGUGCCUUGACGGAGGCAUGCAAUGAUGAAGGAACUUCAGCACAGGAAGUUGAUGUGGAGCAGGUGGCUGAAGCAGAGGAGGAAAUUCCAGAACAUCAGGCCCAAAAAAAACAGAGGAGACAUGAUGCACCAUCUGGCAGCCGAAUAGAUGCCAUGUUCAGCUCACUGCUGGGACCACACACUGGAGAGGCAUCAGCCAGUCAUACUCUUGAUGAAGAGUUGCGUGUGUAUCUCAUGGAGCCCAUAAUUGGCAGACGAAUGGGGGAUCCACUCCAGUGGUGGAAACAGCACGAGAAUCGCUUCAAGCUUCUUUCAAAACAAGCAAGAAAGUUUCUUUGUGCACCGCCCUCAUCUGUACCCAGCGAGCGGGUCUUCAUACAACCUUUGCCUGCAUUACAGCCAGGCCAGCACAUCAACAUAAAACUGAAUGGGGGAAAAAGGAUGGAAGACUCCUGCAAAGUUAUUGCCAAGGCACCUGAGCUCAGGUCCUACUACGUGCAAACAGAACAAGGAAUGGUUACCCGCAGGAACCGGAGACAUAUCCAGGAAGUGCCAGAGUCAUCAGGACAAGCUACAACACCAGAAACUAGCGACCUAAGUCAUGAUUCCCCUGAUAACACAGGCUCCCCUCCCCUUUCUCCUGGUGCCCCAUCACUGUAG